GGAGGAGACUAUGGUGUUGUCGGUGUGAAUGAAGUAUUGCCCAUCAAGGCACGGGCGCCAGACUUUGAGGGCAUGGAUUACGGCGAGGAGUCCCUUCUCGUUGGACGGGUAGUUCAGUUCCACGAGGAGUUUCUUGUUGGCAAAGGCGAUGGGGUAUUCGUCGGGUGCGGCCUUGGGGUGGGUAGGGGAUUCCUCGAUGGAGGGAGUUUUGGUUGUGUCACGAGGAAAAUGUUGGGAAAGGACGGCUCCAAUGGCGAAGUCGGAGGCGUCGGUGGUGACGUAGAAAUGGCGAGUGGGGUUGACGAUCCUGAGGACAAGGGCCGUGGUGAUGAGUUGUUUGAUGGCAUCAAAGGCGCUUUGACAACGGUUGUUCCAAGUGAAGGGUUCGUCCUUGCGGGUGAGUUCGUGGAGGGAGUACGAGAUGUCGAAGAAGUUGCGGAUAAAGGGGCGGUAGCAGUUGGCAAGGCCAACGGAGACGAUGUGGCCAAGGUAUUCGACGCUCGAAGCGGCAAAGGUGCAUUUGAUGAGCUUGGCGUAGAAUUUUUGCUCUCUGAGGAUAGAGGGGACUUGGAGGAGAUGCUGAAGGUGGGACUCGAAGGUGGGGCUAUGGANGCAUUUGAUGAGCUUGGCGUAGAAUUUUUGCUCUCUGAGGAUAGAGGGGACUUGGAGGAGAUGCUGAAGGUGUCGGGGUCAGGGGCGGUGAACUCGUCCAAAGAGGUGGUGGCGGUGGUGUCCUCGAAGGCGAUGUUGUGGAAGAAGCGAGGGCGGGGAGGAGCCGAUCUAAGUGCGGUCUUAUAAGGAGAGAAGAGGCGAUCAAUUUGGAGGGUGCGAGUGAGAAGGUGGAGGUGAUGAGGGUGGCCCACUCAAGGAAGGUGUGAGGUGGGAGACUGGCGUGAUGGCGGUUGGUCAUUUCAAUGUACCACCCUGAGAAGGUGGGAAUCUCGUUUGCAUAGAAUGAUGAAGGGAUUUUGCCUUCUCAAGGGGUUGUGGCGGCAAGGGCAUUGAAAUUAACACGCCGUGAUUGAGAAAUUGACACGUAACGGCGAAGGAGGUGGAGGAGAUGGAGAUGGAGAUGGAGACAAGAAGAAGAAGGGGGUGCGUCAGGACAAAGUGGGAGAGGUAAGAAAAUUCAAAGUGAAAGUUCCGUGGACUAACAAAGGCAAAAAGGAAGA